AUGUCGCUGCAGAGCUUCCGCGCGGCCCGAAGAAAGCUGGAGAGACUUAAGGGCAGCCUUGUGGCAGUCAAGAUGACGGAGAUCAUCAUCGAGGAGAACGUGGCCUGCGCUUUGGUGGAGCUGCCGCAGGCGGUGUUUUGCGGCGCCAAGGUGCCACACCUUACGCUUGGCACGCGCCAGAACGUGCCGGCGCGGCACUGCAAUGAUGUCUUGGAGGAGGUGCUGUCUGGGCGCACGGAGGGCAUCACUCGCAUCAAGCUGCCCAAGCCCAAAGAGUUGCGCGGAAAGCUGGAUCUAGAGACCUCCGCGACGUACAAGGCUCCCAACUGA